AUGGCUCCCUCUGCCACCCAGAAGCUCGAGGGCGAGGAUCACGCCCGUGAUGCUGCCUUCAACAAGGCUAUGCACGGCAAGUCUGCCCAGGCCAAGGGCGGCAUUGCUGCCAUGUUCAGCAAGGGCGGCGACGCCAAGCAGGCUGCUGUCGACGAGUACUUUAAGCACUGGGACAACAAGCCCGCUGAGAACGAGACCGAGGAGGAGCGUGCUGCCCGUACUGCCGAGUAUGCCACUCUUACCAGACACUACUACAACCUUGCGACCGACCUCUACGAGUACGGCUGGGGCCAGUCUUUCCACUUCUGCCGCUUUUCUGCCGGCGAGCCAUUCUACCAGGCCAUUGCCCGUCACGAGCACUACCUCGCCCACAGCAUCGGCAUCAAGGAGGGCAUGAGAGUGCUCGAUGUUGGCUGCGGUGUCGGCGGCCCUGCCCGCGAGAUUGCCAAGUUCACCGGCUGCCAUGUCACCGGCCUGAACAACAAUGAUUACCAGAUUGACCGCGCCACCCACUACGCUGCCAAGGAGGGUCUGUCCAAGCAGCUCGACUUUGUCAAGGGUGACUUUAUGCAAAUGUCCUUUCCCGACAACAGCUUCGAUGCUGUCUAUGCCAUCGAGGCCACCGUCCACGCCCCCACCCUCAAGGGCAUCUAUAGCGAAAUCUUCCGUGUGCUCAAGCCCGGUGGUGUCUUUGGUGUCUACGAGUGGCUCAUGACUGAUGAUUACGACAACAACAACCUUCACCACCGUGAGAUCCGCCUCGGAAUCGAGCAGGGUGAUGGCAUUUCCAACAUGUGCAAGGUCCAGGAGGCUCUCGACGCCAUCAAGGACUCUGGCUUUGAGAUGCUGCACCACGAGGAUCUGGCUGACCGCCCUGAUCCUUCUCCCUGGUACUGGCCUCUGUCUGGCGAGCUGCGCUACAUCCAGUCUGCGGGCGACAUCUUUACCAUUGUUCGCAUGACCAAGUGGGGUCGCUUUAUCGCUCACAGCCUCGCUGGUAUGCUCGAGACGGUGCGUCUGGCGCCUGCUGGCACCAAGAAGACGGCUGACAGCCUGGCCCUGGCUGCUGACUGCCUGGUCGCUGGUGGCAAGGAGCACCUGUUUACGCCCAUGUACCUCAUGGUUGCCCGCAAGCCCGAGUAA